CGACUUUGAAACAUACUUUUAAGAUCAAAAUUGCCGUAUACUUUUUGGUCAACCAACAUAGCUUAUUUCCUUGGGAGAGGGUAUUAUGGAUGUGGCCCUUUUUCGGACAAAUCGCAUUUCGCAGCGCACAAAUCGCACGCCAUUUUCUAGCAUGCUCUAGGAAUAUUACGAAACCCGAUCGAAAAUUUUAGGCGAAAACGCAGAGCUCUGCAAGUUGAGACACGUUUGACACGGAAACGGAAACGGAAGUUGGUGAAGGCGGAAGGAACACAAAACGAGUGAGGAAAAGCAUUUGGAAGUCACGCCCACAACAUGAGCAGCAUGAAGGGCGGCUUCUCCACGCUGAAUCGCUGGUUUGGCCGCAAAAAGGACAAAUCUGGCACUGGCAGCUCCUCGAUGGGCAAGCUGUCCAAGUCGUCGACACAGCUGCACCAUUUGUCCACGGACACGGACAUAAACGAGACUAGUCAGCUGGAGUACAACCGGAUAACUCCGGUGCCCGCGGCCACGAGCAACGCACCCUUCGAGCAGACAUUCCGCAUCACGGUGCUUCUGCCGAAGGAUCAGCUUUUUGUGGCCCGCUUGGGAGCCAGAGUUCCUCUGAGCAAACUCCUUUCGCUCGUCUGCGACAAUAAGCAACUGGAUGCGGAAAAGUAUGAGUUCCGGAAUCCAGUGGAUGCUAGUCAGGUGUACAGUUGCGAGUCGACGAUCGGAGCAGUGGGCCUCUCGGAGAUCCGAUUGUGCCACAAGUCGGAGUCCUACGACAACUUCAAUCCGGAUGUGAUGCACAAGUUCCAGCGCACAGGAGCCGCACGGGAUUCGUUGAGCAGCAGCUCGGAUUUCAGUAGCAGCCGGCACUCAAAGGUUACGGCCAAGACGCCGAGUCCCUACAGUUCGAGCAACUCCCUCAACUCGAUGGACUCCACGGGGAUGAACUACACUCGCACACCGGUGGUUGUGCCACCGGCGAAGGUAUUGGCUCCACCGCCGCAAAAGCGUACGGCUCCGAGGCCACCAAGUCAGAUUUGUAUUCCGGAGCAAUCGGUUCCGGAUAUUCCGGCUGCUACUUUGAAGAGCGAACCCGCCUAUGCGGUAAUCGUGAAGCGUCCCCAGCUUUGCAUGUCCACGCCAAAUCUUUCGAGUCCGCCCGAGUUGGACUGCAAUGGCAACAGCUCAAAAUCACCGGACGAUGACUCCGCGGAGGGUCACUACGCCACAUUGGACCUAAAGCCGCCGGCUGCCGGAGGACCGGAACCAACGCCCCGGAAGCGUCUGCUGCAGAUCAAGAAGAAAACAGCCCCGGCUCCUCCGCCCGAUUCCCAAAGUGGUGGCGACACCAUAUCACUGGCUUCACUCCCGGAACCGGUGACACCCACUCCGAAUAUUCCGCAACCGGCUCCCAGGAUCACAACACCUCUGCCCACUGCUCCUCCGGCAGGAAAUAUUACUGCCCCACUGCCCCAAACGAACGGAAACGUGAACGGCAAUGGAUCACCAAAUGGAAAUGUGUCCAAAGUCCUCUUGAACAGGACCCCCACCCCGGAGCCCCGAUCUUUGGGCAGUGCCACCGAGGAUGAUGACAACGAUGCGGCCUCGAAGCAGGCCGAUUCGGGAAUCGGGGAACCGGCACCAUCGCCUUCGGUGUCACCAGAACCAGAAGCGGAGAAAUGCCAACACGAAUCGAGUUCCGAGGACGACGAGGCCAUCAAGGUGUACAAUUUCAAGCUGUGCCAGACGUCCAAGAAGGCAGAACCCAUUGCCACCAGUUUGGCGGAAUUGGCCGUACUGUCGGCCCAGGAUAACGACGAAGACGAGGAACAAGCGGAGGAGCGGCUGGUCACCAUGACCAAUGGUCACACGGCCACGCCCAGUAGCGAAACGUCACUCACCUCGUGGAAUUACUCGGUGCCCAUAUCGCCGCCACCAGACUUUUCCGAUCAGCAAACGCAGAAGCGCAGUGCGGGCCCAGUGAGUCCUGGUUCGCCGCUGGACGAGAUUGUGGACGAACUGGCGACCAUCAUCAAUCAACAGCGUCUGGACACGUUGAUCAAGAAACAGCCCGAUCCCCGACUGGCGGAGAUUGAGGCUGCAAAGCCGAAUCGAUUGGCCAAUUUCAGCAUAGCUACGGCGAAAAGUACAACGACGAGGAUUGGACGAGCCGACUCGUUUCAGGCUGGAGGAUCUGGCGCAGAGGCGGAGGUAACCUCACCCGGAGGUACUCUGAGUCUUCGCAGCUCCUCACACGUCUCGCUCAACAAACUGGAGCAGAAUGGCAACGGCCUGGGUCAGAGACGCUCCUCCAGCGAGUUGAGCAUUGGGGAAUCGCCAUCCCUGCAAAGUCUGGAGGUGAUCAAGGGGAUUUUAAAUUCAAGGAAGAACAGCCUGGCAGAAAGUGGGAGCGGCAGUGCGUCAUCAUCGCCCAUUACUGAGCAACCAAAGAUAAUAAGGGAGCUGGAAAGCCUGACCAAAGAAGUGUCAUCGGUGGAUGGCGUUAAGGCCGCCAGUCCUUCGUCAACCGAAGAUCAGAAGCAGACCGCAACUCCUGUUCAGAAACAGUUAACCCCGGCGGUUGAUAAGUCCCCCACUCCUGCUGCUAAAUCCGUGCAGGAUCCUUGUUAUAUUUCGAAUCAGUCACCUUCACCUGUAAAACAAUCACCUACUCCAAUACCGAAACAGCAGAUUUCUCCAGUUGAGAACCCUCUAAUACCGAAACAGCAAAUUUCUCCAGUUGAGAACCCUAUAUUACCGCCUGCUGAAAAACCUGUCCAGGCUGUCCAGGAGAAAGUGACUCCUUCGGUUCAAAAAACUCCUGCUGUUCAACCACAAUCACCGCCGGUUGCCAAGAAGCAGCCGUCGCCUCCAAAGCAAGAAUCACCUCUUCCUAAGCAGAAGUCACCUCUUUCGAAUCCAAAGCCAUCCUCUCCAACUGUGAAAUAUGUCCCAGAGCCAUCUCCUCCACCAGCUCAAAAACUGCUUGUUUCACCACCUGUUCAAGCGGUCAAAGAGGAAACCCCCAUCUCCCCGAGCUCCCAACGCACCAUUACACCUCCGAAUUCCCCGGCUACUCCAGUCAGUCCCGUCAACCUAAGAAACCCCGAAAAUGGCAAGGCGGAAUUCCAACCAAGUCAGCAGAUUGAAACCGCUCCGGGCUCCAAACCUUUACCACCCACAUAUCGGUACUCCGGACCGCCAAGCAUUAAUUUUGCCACUUGGAGCGAACGACCCAAAUCGACGGUGGCCAUCAAGAACGAAGGAGACUACAUUUUUGGCGGAGCAGGAAAGUCCCAAACGGUGACUUCCCCGCCGGCGAAACUCACCAUCGAAGUGGCCUCGCCCAUUCUGAGAAUGGGGAUACCCCAGAGAAAGGAGUACCAUGUACCCAUUACGGUGAAGCCACUUAAGGAUGUCGGUCAGGAUACUCAGCAGCCAAAAAGUCCGGAGAAGCGAGAGGUUCAGGAGGAAAAGGAGCAGCCUAUCAAAGAGGAAACCCUUCAGGUUAAAGUGAAACCACUGGAGAAGCCACAAGUUCAGAUCCAAAAUUCAGUGCAAAGCCAAUCGUCUACUUUGCCGCGACCUGCCAAAAGCAAUCGCUUCACCCUGCCCGCUGGGCAAACCAUCCAAGUGGCCCCCAGCUUGGCCAGUAACUCGCUGCCACGCCCUGUUUCUAGUUUAGAGAGGAAUAAACCGGCGGAAGCAACGCCCACUCCGGCGCCUUUUGGUCAGAACACCUUACGCCGCACCGGAUUCAAGGAGCGCAUGUUGGCACGAGAGCAGCAGGAAAAGGAGCAGGCCCUGAGGAUUAGGGUGUCCGUGAACGGAACUCCUCCUUUGGCCGCUGUCACGCCCACAUCCCCGCCAGAAUCGAAACCUGCCCCGCCGGCGAAGAACGUGAAUGUGGUUUUAAAGUCCACCAAGGUGGAGCUGAAGCUUCAGGAGCCGAUUAAGGAGCCGGAAACAAGGCCGGUUAGCCUACAGGUCAAAUUAAGGCCCACUUCCCAGCAAGUGGUUACGCCCUCACCGCCACCACCGCCUCCGGGGCAAAUGGUUUCGGCUCUGAAACCCGUAAAAACCAACGGCACACGCAGUGGUCCUACAACGCCGGAUCCGCGUUCCCAGCUAAUGGACGCGAUACGGAAUUUUAAGCGCGAAGAGCUUAACCGAUCCUGAUUCAUCGAAAAGUACUAGAAAACUAAGGCACAAAAUCACAAAAGGCAGCGCACAAGUUAUAUAUUUUUUAACCGUUAACAGUAAAUUUUUGUGUUGAGUUGUAAAUAAUUCCGAAAAAGCCAAGAUUUAGUAGAAUUUUUUUUACCCCUUCCCCGCGCUUUUGAAGCGCCUAAUAUCCCUAUUUUUAACUAAUCUUAGUUUUUUGUUAUGAACUAUGUAGUUUUUUAAUGAUUUGUUUUAGUCAUUAGGUCACAAAAGAACCCAAAAAAAAACAAGAUAAGAAUACGAAAAGCUGAAAAAUAAUCUAUAUAUGCAUAUGUAUGUUAUUAUGCCUCUAUAAUAAUAUAUUUCGUUUGUCAUAGUUAAAUACAAUAACCAAUUUAAUAACCAAUGGGACUGGUCUACUUAGUCGUGUCAAACAAUUAUAAAACAAAUGGUAGCGAAAGCAAGCAAACCCAAAACCGCGAGUUAAUAAUGCUAAUAAAUUAUUUUAAAGCAGCAGAUGUUAAGCAUUUAAAGCUCAUGUAUAUAUAUGGCAUUGUAUUAAACUGAAUAAAAUAAAAUAAAAUAAAUAA